AUGCCAACUAGAGUCAAUACACAGAUUGAACUGGCCGUAGAAGGACGUGUCUAUCAAUUUCAAGCACCGACAAUGGACGAAGCACAAGAGUGGUUGAAUCAUUUCGUUGAGAGAGCAUCGAACAAAGCAAAGAGACAAUCAACCACAAUCUCUGCUGCUGCUUCAAAUCAAAUGACAUCGGCAUCGACAUCGACAUCAACAUCCUCUUCAUCAUCAACAACACCUUCAAACAAUACAUCACCCAAUCUAACUUCAUCAUCCUCCUCAUUAUUCUCAUCACUUUUAUCAUCACCUGCUAAACAAAAACAACAAACACAACAACAACAAACACAACAACAACAAGAUCAAGAUCAACAAACUAAUACAAUAGAUAAUAAAGAUCAAACAUUAAUCGAUAUUAAAGGAAUGAUGUGCCAACACUGUGAAGAUAUAGUGUAUCGAUUGAUGAACAGUACAAAAGGUGUAAAUGAAUGCAAUGUUUCCGUAGAUGAAGACCGUCUCGUACUUCGAGGUAAUCCAAAUAUAGAUGAUGUACUGCACUCGUUAGAAUCUCAUGGUUUCAUAGUAUCGAUAUCAACUCAAUAG